CAGGGCGAGCGCGGGGCCCUGGCACGGAACUGGCGCCUGCGGCCUACGGGGGCUGGGGGAGCUGGGCUGGGCGGUCUGGAGGAGAGGAGGCGCGGGGAGAGCUCGUGGCUUCCUGAAAGGCUCUCCUAAGCGCUGAGAUACAGGACAAAGCCCGGAUUUUUGUACUGGGAUUUGUGCAGAAGGACUUGGAACCGGGCGCCAGGCCGUGCAGAGCCGUGUGGCUGCCUGGCCACAUGGGCUCUGUCCUAGGGUCUGACAACGUGAAAAGGAAGCGGCCAAGCUGCGGCGGCUCUCGCCCUUCGCUUUAUUUCACGAUGGCGGUGAUGGGAGCCAGUGCCUCUGGGCUCCGGCUGCCUGGAAUCCAUAGGGGAUUUUCUCUGCAGGGAGGGGGCUCUGGCUGCUGCAGUCCUUGCCGUCAGAGCAAUGGAUGUAAGUUGGAAGGGCAGGUUCGGAGGCUGGCUGCUGCUGCUGGGCUUUCUGCGGGCGGAAUUCCCCGUGAGAUCUGUGGGAAUCUGUGUGGGACCGCUGCAGAACCUGGUUUGUUUUCCUCGGUCACAGCAGCUGCACUGCAGAGGGGAUGUGCGGGAGUCAGCGGCCGAGAUGGGAAGCUUCUGUGGUACCAGAGACUUCAAGGGGCUGUGGCAUAAAGCGUGCAAGGGAGAUUGUUCUGUUCCUAAAAGUGUGCGUGCUGGGCACUGAGCAUGGCAGCCCAGCUGGGUUCCAGCAGCCCCAUCAGCUGCUGCUGCGCAACCUCAGGGUCACCUGCAGGGAUUGGAGUUCGGGGUAGGCAGCUUUUGGUUCUGGCUGCUUGGGUUGGAGCUGCAAAUUCCAGACCUGGAGCUCCCUGCAAAGGCGCUGUAAAUCUCUGCUCCUUUGGCGUGUCCUUCUCCAUCCCCGGGCACCGAGGCUCUGCCUGACAGCUCCUGGGCUGCGUGAGGCCUCUCUGCUGGGGGAGAGAUGGGGAAAAGAUACUUCUGUGAUUACUGCGACCGGUCCUUCCAGGACAACCUGCACAAUAGGAAGAAACACCUCAAUGGAGUGCAGCAUCUCCGGGCUAAGAGAGCCUGGUACGACUUGUUCCGAGAUGCUGCCGCUAUCCUGCAGGAGGAGCAGAGCAAGAAGCCUUGUCGGAAGUUUCUACAAACAGGGCAGUGUGACUUUGGGUCCAACUGCAGAUUUUCCCACAUGACAGAGCAGGACCUGGAGAAGCUGAGUGCGCAGGUGCAAGGGGAGCAGAGAUUGAGGGAGCUGCGGCAGGAAGGAGCAGAAAUCCCGCCCGGCACCAUUGAGAACUGGCUGGAGAAGAGAGCCAAGAGGCUGAGCACGGCUCAGAGCAGCAGCGCCCUGCCCGAGAAACCCGCGCCCUUCCAGUACCCACCUGGCUGGCCCCCGCUGCAGGAGCUGCCCCCAUCCCUGCGGGCCCCCCCGCCCGGGGGGUGGCCGGUGCCCCCCGGCCUGCAGUGGGGCUGAGGCGUCGUGCUGGAGCUGGACUUCUUCCUAGCGUGAGAAUGGGACUGGAUUAUUUAUACACGCUUUUAUAUUAAUAAAAUUUCCCCCCCCCCCGC